AUGCAUAGGGUUGCCGAGCAGUGCAUGUUUCUCGUUUCUAUCGAACAAGAUUUGUUUUCCCAUUCUUGUGAAUCUAUUGUAGGCUGUAUUUUCCUGCAGCAGCAAAAGAAAACAAUAGCUCCGCCGUCGCGAUGGGCAGCAGCCGAGACAUCUUCAAGCGACGAUGAGGGCCGCGUGGUGAAGAGCCUGAAAGACCGCCGAUGGGGCGCUAUGAGGGAGGUAAUCCGCCAAAUGGAAAACCAUAUGAAGAUCCUCGACUUCGCGGAACUAGGAAAGGACUACGAGACGCUGCUGAAGAGCUACGCGAAGGCUCACCAGGUGAUAGAGCAAGAGGGUGUCCCGAAUUUCUUUAUUCGUAGUUUGGUGGAGCUUGAGGCAUUCAUAGAAGAGAAGCUGAAAGAUAAAGAAAGCUUUAAGAAACUGUCGCGGCCCAAAGCACUCGCAUUGAACACCCUCAGAGCAAAAGUCCGCAAAACAACAGAACCAUGGACUGCCAGCAUCGCCGAAUGCAAAGAAAACCCGGAAAAGUUCGAGACGCAGAGUGAAGAGUCAGAUGAGGCCGACUCUGACAGUGAUUUCAGUGAAGAUGAAAGCAGCGAAGAAAGCGAAGAAAGCGAAGAAAGCAGCAGCGACUCUGAAGGAGAUGAUAAACCGAAAAGAGAAAAGGCAGAGGGCGCAUCAGAUGACGGGAGUGAAUGGUCGGAUUCAGAAGCAGAUGAAGAAAGCCAAGGCGAGGAGGGUGACCGGCAGAAGGACGCGAUGGCUAAGUGGGGUGUACGGGAGGAGGGGGAGAGGAAGCGAGGGAAAACAUCUAAGAAGAAGAGCGGAACGAAGGGGUCGAAGCCAGCACCUAAGGAGACCUCACCGGGAGCAGCAGAGGCAGGUUUCUCAACAAAAGAUAUGGAGCAUCUGUUUGAUAGCACAGAUAUAAAUGAGGAGGUGAUAGCGAAGCGUGUGCAGAUGGUGGUAGAGAAGAGAGGUCGUAGAGCCCCGAGUCAGCGAAUGAAGAUCCGUGCUCUUCUUCACGUGGCUUACAGCAAGAGUUUGCACGAGGAUUACUACCAAGCCCGAGAUUUGAUGCACACGCCCAACGUUCAAGAGUUGGCGAUGCAGACGGACAUAUCGACUCAGAUUCUGUACAAUAGGAAUCUGGUGCAACUGGGGCUUUGUGCUUUCCGUAACGGGCUCAUUCAAGACGCGCAUGCAUGUCUAUCACAGAUAUGCCCGAAACACAAAGAGUUGCUGGCGCAGGGGCUGUCGAAUCUUAAGAAUGUUGAACGCACACAGGAACAAGAAAGAGCUGAAAAAAGACGCCUGCUACCAUACCAUAUGCACAUCAGCAUGGAACUCAUCGAAUGCGUACACAACAUCUGCGCGAUGCUGCUUGAGGUGCCGCACAUGGCGCACGACGCGUUUGACCCUAGAAAGCGGCCGAUCAGCAAACAUUUCCGGCGAAUGUUGGAAAUGUAUGACCGCCAGACGUUCGUAGGGCCCCCAGAAAACCCCAGAGAAACUGUCAUGGCGGCUACAAAGGCGCUGCAGAGAGGUGACUGGGCGGACUGCGCCAGGCACCUCUGGACCCUUAGUAUUUGGGAAAAGAUGUACAACAAAGAACGAAUUCAAGAAAUGCUCCUUCAAAAAAUCAAAGCAGAAGCUAUGCGCACCUACAUCUUCACGUAUUUGCCGCUCUACGACUCGUUCGCCAUUGGCCAGUUGGCCAGCAUGUUUGACCUCUCCUUAAAUGCCGUUCACUCGAUCGUCAGCAAGAUGAUGAUAAACGAGGAGAUUCACGCGAGCUGGGAUGAGACGAGUCAAUAUAUUCUAAUAAGCAGAGUCAAACACACGCGGUUGCAGCAGCUGGCGCUGACUCUGGCGGAAAAUGUUGCAAAUGCUGUAGAGCAAAACGAACUCACGCUCAACAUGAAGAACCCCAAGUUUGCUUUGACGCACGAACGCCGCUUCCUGCGCGAAGGGGACCGGGCUGGCUGGGGUGGACGGGAGAGAGAAGACGGCAACGGCCACCGCACCAGGCCGGGAUUCAGGGGGCGGACUGGGCUCAACCCAGUUGGUGCGAGAGGCAGAACAACCGGGAGAGGGGCUUAUCGCGGCAGUGGUUUCAGAAGCAACAGAAGCGGCGGGGAAUAUAGAGGAGACUACAGAGAUAAUAGAGGAGACAGAAACGACUACAGAAAUAAUGCAGAACAAAGAGACCCUUUCCGCAUCAAAUUCACAAGCCCACUCACCUACAACUGA